UCUCGAAUGGCGGCUUCUUGCCAUUAGCUGCAGCUGGCCGAUAAAUUUUGGUUAGUGCAAAUAAAAAUAUUGAAUAAUAUUCAACUGUAAUCUAUAUUCAAGUUGAAGAAUAGACGUACCCUGAACCAGUACAAUAUCCUAAAAGAUAAUUCAACUUUGACCAGAGCAAGGAAACAGUCAGGAUACGUAUACCGGGGAAAUACAGCUCGCCAUCCCUCUCUUUGGAGUUUGACGUUUCAAGUGUUACCGACCUGAUAAUAAAUAAAGCUCUUUAAAUGGCACUCUUAUUCACGAGCAUGUGGGAUUCGACGAUGUUUUUAAGCACGUUAACACCGAAAUUCUACGUAGCUCUUACCGGUACAUCAUCCCUUAUAUCCGGAUUGAUACUGAUAUUUGAGUGGUGGUAUUUUCGAAAAUAUGGUACAUCGUUUAUCGAACAAGUAUCUCUAAACCACAUCUCCCCUUGGAUUGGUGGUGGAGACAAUGGAGUUGACGGUAAUAAUGCUAAUUCAACAAGUUCCAAUACAUCGAAUCAGCAGAACGUACCAGAGUGUAAAGUAUGGCGCAACCCGAUAAACUUAUUUCGUGGAGCAGAGUACCAGAGAUUUUAUUGGGCUACUAAUAAAGAGCCCUUAACUUACUAUGAUAUGAAUCUAUCCGCGCAAGAUCAUCAAACAUUCUUUACCUGUGAAGGAGAUACUGGAAAAGCAGAAUAUGAAAUAAUGCAGACAGCAUGGAGAGAAAGGAAUCCAGUAGUCAGGAUAAAGGCAGCCCACAGUGCCCUGGAACACAAUCCAGAUUGUGCUCCAGCUUACAUCUUACUAGCAGAGGAAGAGGCAACAACAAUAUUGGAGGCUGAAAAAAUAUUGAAGCAGGCUUUAAAAGUAGCUGAAAAUAAUUAUAGGAAAUCUCAGAAUACUCAGCAUCAGGGAUCAAUAGCAGAAGCAAUGCAUAGGAGAGACACUAAUGUUCUGAUUUAUAUAAAACGAAGACUUGCUAUGUGUGCAAGGAAAUUGGGGAAACUUAAAGAGGCUGUGAAAAUGUUUAGGGAUCUGACUAAGGAAGUACCACCUAUAAUGAACGUGCUGAAUAUUCAUGAGAAUCUCAUAGAAGCUCUGUUAGAAAUGCAAGCUUACGCUGACGUCCAAGCUGUGUUGGCCAAGUACGACGAUAUCAGCUUGCCAAAAUCUGCCACUAUUUGUUACACCGCUGCAUUAUUGAAGGCCAGAUUAGUAGCAGAUAAAUUUUCUCCAGAUAUAGCCAGCAAGAGAGGAUUAACCACUGCAGAAAUGACAGCAGUAGAGGCAAUCCAUAGAGCUGUCGAAUUCAAUCCACAUGUACCAAAAUAUCUUCUUGAAAUGAAGCCACUCAUUUUACCCCCAGAACACGUUUUAAAGAGGGGGGAUUCCGAGGCAAUUGCUUAUGCAUUCUUCCACUUGGCUCAUUGGAAACAAAUGGAAGGAGCUUUGAACUUAUUACAUUGCACAUGGGAAGGAACAUUCAGAAUGUUGCCCUAUCCCUUGGAGAGAGGACAUUUGUUCUACCCAUAUCCGACUUGUACAGAGUGUGCCGAUAGGGAACUUUUACCUUCAUUCCACGACGUUAGUGUUUAUCCAAAAAAAGAACUACCUUUUUUCAUUUUAUUCACAGCUGGUCUUUGCUCCUUUACAGCAUUACUCGCUCUCCUAACUCAUCAGUAUCCAGAUACCAUGGGUGUUGUUGCCCGUGCUAUGCUUGCGUGGCUCUCUCUUCCAUUUUAUUAUGUUUUAGACAAGUUGGAAGCAGUUCUGCCAUCCAGCUUACUGCAACAACUUUUCAGAAUUUAAUUCGGUUAAUAGAUUUCUGUCUAUAAUUAAGUAAGAAUGUGAUAUUUUUACAAUACAAAGGAAUUACUUUGAACAAAACUUUUCUUCUCAUCAUCAUUAUCCUAGUUUUUUUUUUUUUUUUUAGUCUCACUAAAAGCGAUUUAAUGUUUAAAUCUCAUUAUUGCUAAUUACGUGUUUAUUUAAUAUUGUAAGAGUCAAUUAAACCUAAUAUAAGAUUUAACUGUACAAAUAAAGUUAUCGAAUGUGAUUUACUA